AGCAUGCGCGCGGGGCCGGCAGGGGAGGCUCCCGCGCCCCCACCCGGCGCGUGCACCCUCGCGCCCCUCCCGCCCGGCACCGCGGGGCCAGUGGCGCCGCAGCCUGGGCCGGCCAAGCCUCGCCGCUCCGGCUCGCGCCCCGCCGGUCUGUCGCCGAGUCGGCGUUGCGGGCGGCCCGGCUCUGCUGGGAUUUCUAUGCUAUGCCUUGUAUGACAAAAGCCCUCUCACCAAGAAUACUUUUGCCUUGACACUUGUGGACAGUCAGACCAUAAAAACACUGCUAAGGAGUGUUCAAGUGGCAAUGAAACAGCCCAACAGAAAGAGGAAGCUUAGUAUGGAUUCCAAAGAGCAUUUGAAUCAGGAUGGAUGCUUGGAGCAAGCUGAGGAAGAUAAGAAGCCCAGAGAUGGUGCCACCCCAUUGAGUCACGUCCCUUCAAUGGCUGCACAGGAAGCAUGGUCGUGGGAGCAGUACUUGACAGAACAGAAGGCUAUAGCUGCACCUGUUGAACUGUUUUCCAAGGACCAAUCCUUUCCGGAGCAUGAAAAUGGUUUUCAGGUUGGAAUGAGAUUAGAAGGCAUUGACCCCCGACAUCCAUCUGUAUUCUGUGUGCUUUCUGUAGCUGAGGUGUGUGGUUACCGCCUCAGACUUCACUUUGAUGGUUAUUUAAGCUGCUAUGAUUUUUGGACCAAUGCCGGUUCCCCUGACAUUCAUCCAGUAGGGUGGUGUGAGAAGACCAAACACGAAUUGCACAUCCCUAAGGGUUAUAGAAAAGAUAAAUUUGUUUGGAUGGAUUACUUGAAGGCCUGCAAAUUGCAAAAUGCUCCCAAGAAAUUAUUCAGAAACAGAAGUUCUAAUGGGCCAAUGCCUAAAGAAUUUCAGGUUGGAAUGAAGCUGGAGGCCGUCGACAGGAAGAACCCUUCCUUGGUGUGUGUGGCAACCAUAGCAGAUAUUGUUGAAGAUCGCUUACUAGUGCAUUUUGACAAUUGGGAUGAUAGUUACGAUUACUGGUGUGAUGUAAAUAGCCCUUAUGUUCAGCCAGUUGGUUGGUGUCAGGAGAAUGGAAGAACUCUGAUAGCACCCCAAGGUUAUCCUGAUCCAGAAAAUUUUUCCUGGACAGAGUAUCUGGAAGCUACUCAAACAAAUGCCGUUCCUGCCAAAGUUUUUAAAAUGCGGACACCCCACGGUUUUCUGCCAAGCAUGAGACUUGAAGCGGUAGACAGAAGGAACCCCAGGCUCAUUCGCGUGGCUACAGUCAUCGAUGUGGAUGACCAACGGGUAAAGGUUCAUUUCGAUGGCUGGGACCACAAAUAUGACUACUGGAUGGAUGCAGACAGCCCUGACAUUCACCCAAUUGGAUGGUGUGAUAUAACAGGGCAUCCACUGGAAAUCCCAUAUCGAGCAAAUGAUGUGAAAAUCCUUCCAGGGCAAGCUGUUUGUCCUACACCAGGGUGCCGAGGAAUAGGCCAUAUCCGUGGUCCACGGUAUUCAGGACAUCACAGUGCUUUUGGCUGCCCGUAUUCAGACAUGAACCUGAAAAAGGAGGCAACUCUUCAUGAUCGUCUGAGAGAACAAACACAGGCAAAUUUGGAACCCGACUCUUCACAUUCGAAACCGAAGAACCUCUGUGGCUUGAACUUCAAUGGAAAACAUGAAAUGGUGAACAGUCAGCCCAGACUUGUACAGCAGGCAAAGUGUUUGAAAAUCAAAGGAAAAGAAGAUAUUGACUUGGAUAAUCUCUUCAGAGGAGGGGAUAGUGGAAAGAGCUUGACGAGACAAGAAGAGAUUUGUGUUCUAGUCCCAACCCUACAGACAAAAAUAAUCAGAACAGUGGAGGAAGGAAGGAUGCAGAUAUUCCUGAGCUGCAAUUGUGGCUGCCAACCAGCUCUCUUAUGGGCCAGCGGGUGCUCUGGGGGCUUCUCAAGACCCUCAUUAAGUCUCCUGGGGAGGUGUAAGCUUAACUCACAGGAAGAUCUAUUGUCAAGACUUAAAAAAAAAAAAAAUUAGGUAAUCAGAAGCAAAGCCUUUUUGGUGAUCUCUAGAAGCAAAAUUAUUCUUCUGAUGAGCCACUCAAGGACUGGAAGGAGACUGGAUGAAGGUGAAGGGUGCUCACUCUGUGGCAGGCACCAGCAGGUGCUUCUCUCUUCUGUUAUCUUCUUUUCUUUACUAUGGAGAAACAAUAGUACAUAACCUUUCCAGAGACACACAACCAAUAAAUGGCUGACUGGCAUCAGCACCCAAUUUUUGGUCGUUCACCAUGAAGGUAGCAUGAUGGCCUGAUGAGUAGCUUGGCAACAGAGGCUGGGGUCUCCUACCUAUAUUAAAACUGCAUGAGGACCACUUUCCCUGAGUGCCAGUUUGAGACAAAAUGAGAUAUGGAUUGGCCAGCCCCACCAUGAGACAAAAUGAGAGACGGAUUGGCAAGCCCCCACCACAUUCAUUUGCGGUCAUAGCGUGAACAUAGACUCAAAUGAAAGAUAUGUGUUUUUUCAUCAAAAGGUAACGAGUCGGUGAAGUGUUUUCACUCUCCUUCGGAGAAGUAGUGCCAUGAGUCAAUAUUAGUCUUUUACUGCAUUCUUAGAGGGACUUUUCUUAAAGUAGUUAUCUGGGCACUUAUAUUCCAAGCACAAUUCAGUACCUUGCCUAAUCCAAGCAUACCCUAAAAACAAAAGUAGUUAUCAGUGACUGGUGCUCUUGAGAAAACAGCCAUAUUUAACUUUGAUUCCGUGAAAGUAAAUUACAAAAUAAUGAACCUACUAAGUGAUCCUGAUUCUUUUACUCUAAGAUCAGCUGCUCAACAAACAUUUUAUGGAGUAAUUACUGUGUGUCCAGCUCUAUGAGUUUUCACACAGUCAACCUAAUGGUAGCCAGUCCAAGUAGAGAAAUACAGAAGCACAUAAUUUUUUAGUUAGCAAGCUAUGGAAAAUCUUGGUCAUUGGAAAUGAAGUUAAAACAUUCAUUGUUCUUCAAUUUAACUCAUAAACUUAGAUCUCUGUUUG